UAACCGCAGGCAAGACGAAGAUUUUUAAUUAAAUUAAGAGCGAGUGGGAAAUGCGAGUCACCGCAGAAGCAAAUGUAAACAAUCAGAACGGAAAUUAAAUAUUUAAGUAUUUGUUCGUGGGAAAUUGUGUCGAAUUUUAAAUUAGGACGACAGCAGGACCUAUGUGCAUACUAAAGUGACGUAUCCGCAUCGUGUGUGUUUUGUGCGGUUGUGAGUGUGUGUCCUCCUCACCGGUCGAGUCCUGCCGGGAUAUACACCUGCAAUAAGUAGUAGUGUGAGCUAAGUCAAAAUAGCCAUAAAUAAAGCCCGGCUAACAAAUAAGCAAGCAAACAACUAAGAAGACUAACAAACAAACUGUGAGGUCAAAGUGCUAAGUCAGGCUAAAAGACCAAAAAGUGACAGAAUUGGUCAGAGCUUCGAGCUCCGAAAUACCCCUCUGAUUUUCACUGAGGCCACGUGCACUUGUCGCCACCAUUGUCGCAUCUAUAGCAAUUAAAACGGACGACGGCCAAAGCAAAUAGCCAUCAGCUAUAAAUUUGCAACGCCCCAGGAAAAUGCAUUGCAGCAAAACAAGCAAUUAAAGCAGUGCAGCCCCCAUCCCACACGAAGCACGAUCCGAAGGAACCGAGCCCCUCUGUAUCCUGCCUGCUGUGCUAAAAACCUAUUUUGAAUAAUUAAAAUUCCGUAAGUGCUGCAGCAGUCGCCAAAGACGUCGAGGAGCGGCUCCACUUUCUCGCAACACAAUCUGCGGCCUGCAAAUUCGUGUGCAGCAAUGAAAUAAUUAAUUCAAUGCACCUGACUAAGCCGGCCACCAGAAGUAGCAGCCACAACAGAAGUAGCACCUCCAGCAGCAGCAUUGCUUAUAUAUUCAAGUGCUCCACCAGCAACAACAGCAACACCAACAAAAUGGCCAAAGAGGGAAGGACAAUUAGCCAUCCAAGACAUAUCCAGGAUCGGAAAAACCUGAGGAGCCUCCACACCAGCCUGCUCCUGGCCAUCUCAAUGGUGUCUCUGCUUUUCGAAAACGCGUCUGCCCAGAGCAUGUUGUCCAAAAACGAGCCCAUGUUCAUAUCACGUUCGGAGACAUUCAAAUUCAUCACCGGCGAGACAAUAGUCCUGCCCUGCGAGGUGGCCAACACGGAUGCAUACGUUGUGGCCUGGAAGCGCGGCAUUGCCAUAUUAACGGCCGGAUCUGUGAAAGUAACACCCGAUCCUCGAGUACGCCUGGUCAACGGAUUCAAUCUCCAGAUACGCGACGCCCAGCCCACGGAUGCCGGAGAUUAUAUCUGCCAGAUUGCCACCAUGGAUCCGAGGGAAAUCACCCACACGGUGGAGAUACUGGUGCCACCGAGGAUUCAUCACAUUAGCACCGGCGGACAUUUGCAAGUCAAAAAGGGCUCGUCGGUGCGCAUCGAAUGCUCGGCCACUGGCAAUCCGAUGCCGAAUGUGACUUGGAGCCGCAAAAAUAAUAUUUUGCCCAACGGCGAGGAGAAGCUACACUCGCACGUCCUCUCCAUUGAGAACGUGGAUCGGCACAAGGGCGGCGUAUACAUCUGCACUGCAAACAAUCGUGUUGGUCAGCCCGCUUCCAGUCAGGUCGUCCUACAUGUCCUGUUCUCACCGGAAAUCUCCGUGGAGCGACCCGUGGUCUUUUCCGGCGAAGGGCACGAGGCCACGCUGGUCUGCAUUGUCCACGGCGAAACGCAGCCUGAGGUAAUUUGGUUCAAAGACACCAUGCAAUUGGAUACCACGGAGAGGCACAUCAUGGAAACGCGCGGUUCAAGGCACACGCUGAUUAUACGCAAAGUGCAUCCACAGGACUUUGGCAACUACUCCUGUGUGGCCGAGAACCAGCUCGGCAAGGCACGCAAGACCCUGCAGUUGAGCGGAAAACCGAACGUUGCCGUUUUUAAUUCACCGCCAAUCAGUCAGUACAAGGACAGAUACAACAUCUCCUGGGCCGUCGACUCGCACUCUCCCAUCGAGGAGUAUAAGUUGUCCUUCCGCAAGCUGCCACAAGGACACGAGGUCGUUGGCAACUCCAUCGAUUCCCCAUCCUCUUCGUCCUCCUCGAUGUCCUCCUCGCAGAUGUACGGCUCCGGACUGCACUCACACCGGAUGGGCAGCAACUUGGGCGGUGGCAUCUCGGGCAGUUACUCCGGCUACGGUAACAUGAUGCACUGGGGCCACAACGAUUGGCGCAACGUUGUCCUGCCGGCCAUCCCUCUGUCCCAUCACUACGCCCAGGGCAUGAGCUACAUGAUACGCGGCCUGGAUCCCGAUCAGCACUACGAGGCCACCGUGCAGUCCAGGAAUCGAUACGGCUGGAGCGAUUUGACCAACAGCUUCGUCUUCUCCACGUCAUCUAAUGAUGGACCUGUCGAUCUGUCAACAUAUUUAAAUCACGGUCUGUCAGAUAACGAGAUGCGGGAUCUGAGUGUGACUUUCUACGGAAGCAGCGCCAUCAAUCGACAGAAAUUGAAUCUCUUCGCCCUCAGUUCGGCCACCUUGACUCUGAGUUUACUUCUGGCCUAAUUGCAGUCUUCAGUUGCCUGAGUUACGAAUUUCACCGCCAAUAGCAGUUACGUGAACCGAUUUUGAGUUUUCGAUUAUUCGAGGUCGAUGUCUACAUACACACUCUAGUCGUAAAUGGUAGCCUAAGAGAUAUAUAUACAUAUAUGUAUUACUAAGCGUAUUUAUAACAUUCCUGCUACGAUUUCUCAUUGUUCGAUUCGAAUUUCUCAACCAAGCAAAGAGUUUAAUGAAUUAAUCACAAAACCAAAAGACAAAAGAAAAAUGGAACCAUUAUACAUGUAACAAUCAAUGUAAAAGAGCAUGCAACUGUUCAAACUACAUAGGACCCAUAAAAAUUUUGCUAAAUCGCAAAACUGCAACCUACUCACUCACAUUCGCAGACCAUUCCAGCACUCGAACCAGUGUACAUAGAUUUUAUUGCAUACUCUUAGGUAUAAACUGCACCAAAGAAAUAGUCACUCGACGGCGAACAAAACAAAAUACACUUACAUAUGGCAUAUACCUAAAAAUAUAUAUAAAUAUAUAUAGUACGUAUUUGGUGGAAGUUGAAAGUUAGUUGCCACUAGUGAGCCGUGGCUCCAUGUAACGCGGCUCGCUUUGUCACAAUGAUCGGAUAAUUUGUAGUCGUAUGCGAAUAGUUAAUUUAAUUAAUACAUAAUGCAUAUGAGCUAAUUACCGGAUACGCCAUCUCAGCACCGCGCCACACUAUCGCGUUUUAGUCAAAUUUCAGAUUAAUGGGUAACAUGCAGAAACAAAUCGGUGAACUUUAACUAAUUUGCAUCGCCCGAGUUCAAGCCCGAUGGCUUAGUGCAGACAGACAACAGAAUUUUUUCCAGCUUUUUGCCAAUUUGUAUGUAUGUAGCUGCUAAGUAGCUUAAUUGACCGCAAAAAUGCAAUUAAAUUAGUCAACAAACGUAUUGAUUUGGUAUGUAAAUUAAUGUACUGCCACAGAAGCCCUGCCAGGAGGUAGGCACAGGCAGUAGCAGAUCCGAGUAGCAAAUAGUAACUUCCACAUGGUUAUUCGAUUACGAUUAGCAGUAAGUGUAAAUAAAUACGGGGAUUGUGAGGGAUGAGAUGGGAAAUGCAGAUGGAGGCUUAGGAGGGAUUGGAUUGGAAGCACUGGAAGGUAGAAUAGUAAAUCGUAAACUUAAUUAAUAUCCAAAGAUACCCAAACACAUGCCCCGAAAUCCACACGAGGAGUGGCUAGCUCUCGGGCACUGAACAGGGUGUGGCCAAGGUUGUUUUUAUGUAAAUAUAUUGCACCACAGACAUUUUUGGAAUCUCAUGAUAAAUGUACUUACCAGUUCGAUAAUCGUAUUGUUGCUUCUGAACGCAAAACGGCACUGUAUUGAAUUUGGUUACCCGGCACCCUGUAAUAUCUGAUUUUUUUAGCAAAACCAAACAAAACAAAAUAAAAAACUGAAACCAAAGCCAACGGAUAAUGCACUUUAGAGCAUAGUCGAUAAACGUAAUAUUGUAAUGAGAUCUAUUGAAAAGGAAGCCUACGUAAUAAAUGUAUAUUUACUUGAUUUCUAUAAUAAACUCAGCCAUAUACGAGAUAAACAUUCAGCUUUUAUAGGAUCUAAUAAAUGUGAGGAAAAGCGGUCGGAAAAGGACCGAACCGGACCGGAAAUUAGCAUAGAAUUAUACAUAUGUGUAAUUAAUAAAAUUAAACUGUCGAUCGAUUGGCCACACAAAAGCGUUAAGAGAAUUAAACCGCAUACCGCAAAAUUUAAGAUUUAUGUUCAAGUGUAUGUAAAUGGAUGUAUGCCACAGUAAACGAACGAUAUGAUAAACACCACUGAUGAGAAUAUUACCGACUCCCCUUCCCCCCUUCGUCCCAGCAAAGUUGCUUUGGUCCAGCGACUGGAGCCCAUCGAUAAGUUAGCUAAAUCUAAAGGAUAUCGGUACUCUAAAUAUAUACAUGUAUGUACACCUGAAUACAUAGCGAAUGAGCCGUUACUUGUA